GGGAGGGGGGAAAUACAGACAGAAUCCAGCGUAGCCUACAGCUCCUUUAGUGUAGUGUAGGUGGCUUCGUCUAUUGCUGUAUUCUCUUGGACCCCUUAGCAUUCACACCACGCAGUCUUCCUCUAUUCCAGUCUCACUCAUCCAUUCUCUCUGAUUGCAUCCCUUCUUUUUAGACGCUCGGCAUCAGCAAGGCUCCCUUUCAUCCAUCCCUGCCUCUUGAACUGUGGAAAUUAAAGAAUGGCAAACAACUUCGCCAGGAUGUUGUCCUCCAAACGAAAUGUGAGGAUUCUGUCAUUAAUUGGAGCCGGGUCUUUGACAGCGGGCUUUCUGCUCAAUCGUGAACGUGUCACCGCCGGAGCGCAAUCACGGAGAGUGUACCCCGCCAGUGCGGAGUACCCGGACCUACGCAAGCACAACAACUGCAUGGCCAGCCACCUGACCCCAGCCAUCUAUGCCAAGCUGGUGGACAAGACCACGCCCAACGGGUACUCCCUGGACCAGGCCAUCCAGACUGGCGUGGACAACCCCGGGCACCCCUUCAUCAAGACUGUGGGCAUGGUGGCAGGGGACGAGGAGUCAUACGAGGUGUUUGCAGACCUCCUUGACCCAGUCAUCAAGGAGCGGCACAAUGGCUACGACCCUCAGAUUAUGACCCAUCCCACCGACUUGGACUCCAGCAAGCUCACGUCUGGCAACUUUGACGAGCGCUACGUGCUGUCGUCGCGGGUCAGGACUGGCCGUAGCAUCAGGGGGCUGAGCCUGCCCCCGGCGUGUACCCGGGCAGAACGCCGCGAGGUGGAGAGGGUGGUGGUUGACGCCCUGGCUGGCCUGAAGGGGGACCUGGCAGGGACCUACUACAGCCUCACCCACAUGACAGACCAGGAGCAGCAGCAGCUCAUUGACGACCACUUCCUGUUUGACAAACCCGUGUCUCCUCUGCUGACCUGUUCGGGGAUGGCUCGUGAUUGGCCAGACGCACGCGGUAUCUGGCACAACAACACGAAGACCUUCCUCAUCUGGAUCAAUGAAGAGGAUCACACCAGGGUCAUCUCUAUGGAGAAGGGAGGCAACAUGAAGAGAGUGUUUGACCGCUUCUGCACAGGCCUGAAAGAGGUGGAGAGGCUGAUCCAGGAGAAAGGCUGGGAGUUCAUGUGGAAUGAGAGACUGGGCUACAUCCUCACCUGCCCCUCCAACCUGGGCACUGGGCUCCGCGCUGGAGUACACGUCAACCUGCCCAAGCUCAGCAAGGACCCCCGCUUCGCAAAGAUUCUGGACAACCUGCGUCUGCAGAAGAGAGGUACCGGAGGAGUGGACACUGCAGCCGUGGGCAGCACCUUUGACAUCUCCAACCUGGACAGACUGGGACAGUCAGAGGUCCAGCUAGUGCAGACGGUGGUGGACGGCGUCAACUACCUGAUCGACUGUGAGAAGAAGCUGGAGAAGGGACAGGACAUCAAGAUUCCCCCGCCGUUCAAGAAGUAGACCACCCAACCCCCUCCGGCCCAGAAAUACCUCUUCUUACCGACCCGUCUGUCUCAUCCCCAUUCAGAGCCGUAGGUAAUGUCCAGAUUUAGUCCAACUCCGUUUGAGAUGUCGAAUUUAAAUGGCACCAGAUGUUCCGAGAACGUUACACUCCCGGUAGGAAUGCACAUUUAGAAUGUUCUAGUGCAUACCUAUAGCGCUAAUCCCAAUGCAACUAUAUGCAAUGGGACUCCUUCUACUUAAUAGCCCUCAACCUGACACCUAGGCCUGUUACACCUAGACUACAGCAUGUCCUAUACUCUAUGUGUCCGAUACUGCUACUUCCUCGUCUUCCCUCUGUAUCGGGAUGUGGAGGAACACGGCUAUAUGCUAUACUGCUACGGUAGUGUAAUCCAUCCAUUUGUGGUAGUCUACAGCCAGAGUGUAACCAUGUAGUGAUAGAUGACGACUUGAAUGCAGCACAACGACCAUGUUGGACUGAAAAGACUUCUUAGAGGUUUGUAUGCCGAAGUUUAAGUAAGACACGGGUUAAACUAAGUCGUGCUAAUAAUAACUCAUGCUAAACUACUGUGCUCCGUGAUGUACUGUAUGUAUCAAGCAGCAAUAUCAUUUCAACCCACCAUUGAAUGUCAUUCUCGGACAGAUUUUAUUAAAGGAACCAUGUAUUUAAUACA